AAAAAAUCCAAUUUUGGACGGAAAGAAUACAGUUUCUCAGAACUCAUUUAUCAUCUUUUUAUCCACUUUCAUCUUUUUCUGUCUUUUAACUUCAAGAGUUUAGAUAGUUUUAUUUUAUUAUAGUAUUGGUUUUUGGUGUAAUAAAUCAUGAAUUUUUAUUUGAAUAUGUAAACAUUUUUAAGUCCUUGAUUAAUGAUGUAAGUCUUAUGUAUCACCGCUUUUAUGUGCAUCAUUUUGCUGCAACUGCCAAAGAAAAUCAAAAAAAGAGCACAAAUUCCUGCCGGAGAAAUAAGCCUCACUUCUCUCACAUUCAUUCCAUUUCUUCCUUCUCUCCACAAAGGCAAAAGCCACCACUCCUCUCACAGGAAUUCAUUAAAUAAAAAGACAAAAGGAAGAAUACCCAUUUGUUGUUCUUCUUGAUAAAGCUUGUUUUUCCAGUCAUGUGCUGCUCACUGUACUUUCUUAAGGUUAUGGGCACACAAAAAGAACCACCUCAAAGUUGAAAAAGCAUAAAAAAAGUGGUUGUUUUUUUUUGUAGCCCAGAAGUAAAUAUUCUCUUGGAAGCUAGAAAACCACCCCACCACUUUCCCCCUGCAGUUUCUUGGAAGUUAGGAUUUUAGGAAGGUGGGUUUAUGGUUAUGGAGUUCUUGGUGGUGUUGCAGGGGAAGUCAGAAAAGUGAUGUUUUUUCAGGCCACUUUUAAGCUACAGUGACUCCAGAGUGGUGGAGGAAUUGAAAAAAGUUUUGAUAAGUUUUGAUUGUGAAGUGACUUUCUUUUCUUUCUUCCCUUCUGGCCUAAUCCUCAAAAAAAAUGGGGUUUAAUUUUUGGGGUUCAAUUUUGGUUCUAACUGUUUGCUUUAGGCCAUUGGUUUGUCAGCAACCCAAUACAGAUGGGUCCUUUGUCUCUGAUUUCUUCCACAAAAUGGGUUUGCAUUCCUCCAAAGCUUACAACUUUUCUUCUCAUUUUUGUUCUUGGCCUGGGGUGUUUUGUGAUGGUAAUGAAGAGAGUGUUGUCAAGUUGGUUGCUUCAGGGUUGGGGCUUUCUGGUGUAAUCCCUGAUAACACCAUUGGUAAACUUGUUAAGCUUCAGUAUCUGGAUCUGAGCAAUAAUAAUAUCACUGCUUUACCCUCUGAUUUCUGGAGUCUAGGUUUAUUGAAAAGCCUGAAUCUUUCAUUCAACCAAAUUUUUGGAGAACUUCCCAGCAACAUUGGUAAUUUUGGCCAACUUGAAACUUUUGACCUUUCUGGCAAUGCAUUUUCUGGUAGCAUUCCUGAAGCUAUCGCCUCCCUUGAAAGGUUGCAAAUUCUUAAAUUGGAUCAUAAUGGCUUUGAGUCCGGUAUUCCACUUGGAAUUCUACAAUGCCGUUCCCUUGUUGCUAUCGAUCUCUCCAUGAACAAGCUAAAUGGUUCUCUGCAUGAAGGAUUUGGUGCUGCAUUUCCGAAGCUAAAGUACUUGAACCUUGCUAGAAAUGGCCUUAGCGGAAGAGAAUCAGAUUUUUCUGGUUUGAAAUCAGUUAACUAUCUCAACAUUUCAGGAAAUUCAUUCAAGGGUCCAGUUGUUGGUCUUUUUGAUGGUCCAUUGGAAGUGAUUGAUUUGAGCAGAAAUCAAUUUCAAGGCCACAUUUCUCAGGUAAAUUUCAGUUCCAGCUAUGAUUUGUCCCACUUAUUUUAUCUGGAUUUAUCUGAGAAUCAGCUUAGUGGAGAGUUUUUUACUGAGUUAAAUGAAGCACAGAAUCUCAGACACCUUAAUCUUGCACACAACAGAUUCUCGAAACAACAAUUGUUGCAAGUUAGUAAGCUUCCAGGUUUAGAAUAUCUGAAUUUGUCUGGAUGUAAUUUGAUUGGUGAAAUAUCUAGCGAAUAUUCACAGUUGAGCAAUCUGAAAACACUUGAUCUUUCAAAUAACCAUCUUGAAGGCCGUAUUCCGCUUUUCAGCACCCAAAGCCUUCAAGAACUUGAUGUUUCCCAUAAUAACUUGAGUGGUGAAAUCCCCACAAAGCUGGUGCAGAAGCUGCCUUGGAUGGAGAGGUUUAAUUUCUCUUACAACAACCUAACCUUUUGUGCUUCAGAUUUCUCCCCUGAAACCUUCAAUUCGGCUUUCAUUGGCUCAACAAAUAGUUGUCCAAUUGCUGCGAAUCCUGAACUCUUGAAGAAAAGAGCUCAAAAGCAUAGGGGACUCAAGCUUGCCCUUGCAUUAACCAUUUCAAUGGUUUGUUUGCUCAUUGGUUUGCUCUUCUUAGCCUUUGGCUGUAGAAGGAAAACCAGGAUGUGGGAAAUUAAACAGAACUCUUACAAAGAAGAGCAGGUUAUAUCUGGUCCAUUUUCAUUCCAGACGGAUUCCACAACUUGGGUUGCUGAUGUUAAGCAAGCUACAUCAGUUCCUGUCGUUAUCUUUGAAAAGCCAUUGUUGAAUUUUACAUUUGCAGACCUCUUGUCUGCAACUUCAAAUUUCGAUCGUGGCACAUUAUUGGCUGAAGGAAGGUUUGGACCAGUUUAUCGUGGUUUUCUGCCUGGUGGGAUUCAUGUAGCCGUGAAAGUUUUGGUUCACGGAUCCACCAUGACAGACCAAGAAGCUGCGAGAGAGCUGGAGUAUCUCGGUCGCAUAAAGCAUCCUAAUCUAGUUCCUCUCACUGGAUAUUGCUUGGCUGGAGAGCAGAGGAUUGCCAUUUAUGAUUAUAUGGAGAACGGAAAUCUGCAGAAUUUACUUCAUGACCUCCCUCUUGGGGUUCAAGCUACAGAGGACUGGAGCACAGACACAUGGGAAGAAGAUGAUAACAAUUCAAUCCAAAAUGUAGGUUCUGAAGGCCUUCUAACCACAUGGAGAUUUAGGCACAAGAUUGCGCUUGGCACAGCUCGUGCCCUGGCGUUUCUCCACCAUGGCUGUUCUCCUCCAAUCAUACAUAGAGACGUCAAAGCCAGCAGUGUCUAUUUGGAUCAGAAUUUGGAACCAAGACUAUCUGACUUCGGGCUUGCUAAAAUUUUUGGAAACUCCCUCGAGGAUGAGAUUGCCCGUGGUUCUCCAGGUUAUGUGCCACCAGAAUUCAUUGAGCCGCAAAUCGAGUCCCCUAAAAAUCCGACACCAAAAUCUGACGUUUAUGGUUUUGGAGUCAUUCUUUUUGAGCUUAUAACUGGGAAAAAGCCUGUUGAUGAUAACUAUCCUGACGAAAAAGAAGGAACCUUAGUGAGCUGGGUGAGAGGACUAAUAAGGAGAAAUGAAGGCUCAAGAGCCAUUGAUCCCAAAAUCCAGGGGACUGGACUCGAGAUGCAAAUGGUUGAGGCGUUGAAGAUCGGAUAUCUAUGCACGGCCGACCUUCCCUUAAAACGGCCGAGUAUGCAACAGGUAGUAGGACUUCUUAAGGACAUUGAACCUCUUUCGUAGUUGUGAUGAAUGCCUUAUGUAGAGAAGGCAGUUUUCUUGUUGAUCUGUACUAUUUGCCGAUCUAUUGAUUUUUGGUUUUUCAUUGCUUGCUGCCAUAUUGGAGAAGUUUUGUACAGCUUAGGUUACAUUGAGAUCAUUUCUUUGUUAACUCAUUAAUUUAAUGGCAGCAAGGCAUAAUUUAUGCCAGUUAUUUUGUUUCUUGAAGUUGCAAGAAUUCAUUUUUCUUCCCUUCAGUCAAGAACUUCUCCAUCAACCACAUUGCCACUUAACAAACAGAUAAGAAGAUAAAAAACCUAAGAUAAGUUGAAAAACAACCCAUUCUCUGUAGUCUAUCUGUUUCUUUGAACCACAAUCAAUCUUUUCAGCCAUUUUCCUCUGUGAGGAAGAAAGAAAAUCACCGCUCAGAAUCUGGUCCCCUGGGGCAAGUUGAUUGUGGUUAGUAUUCAGCAGCACGA